AACGAAUUUUGCCAACUUUUCAAUACUAUUGAAAGUAUACUAACCUAAAAAGUAGCGAAAAUGACGCCGAUGCUGUACUACAUGGGAACUAUCGGGCUUUUGGUUGUCCUUAUCGCCUGCAUAUCCGUAGAGGCCAUACCCGGCGGAUGUAGAGGCUGUCAUGACGACGCCCCUGAAAGCCGAGAGAAACGCAACUCACAGGCGGUUGGAGCAGAUACAGAACACCAAGGUGGCGCCCAGAAGCAGCAGAUUGCCGUGGACACCGAGGAGACCCUAUUCGGACCCGAGCGCGCUGCUAGAAAUCAGACCGCCCAUCGUCACCCUCGAUCAGCGGACAGCGAAGAAAUCGAUGACGUACCGGAGUUAACUGAGGAAUUCAAAACCGGUUAACGGCUAAUUCGAUGCCCCGAGAUCACUAAUUUAAAAAAUUAAAAAGCCCUGGCCUUUGCUGGGCCGUGUAUACGAUCGGUAUCCGAUCUUAGCAACGCGGUGGACACUUUUUUUAAGAUGGAGAUUAUAAAAUUUGACGCUCUAAUACUCUCAUAAUUGUGAUAUCAUUAUUAUAUUAGCGAACAGUAUGUCUGUGUACACAGUACAAUAGUUUAUAACUGAUUG